UCCCUUCUGUAUCUCCAAAUCAAAAGCAUCCCCAAAGAGUUAUCAACGUCGGUAUCGUCAGCUUCUAGACAACGAGACAUAUAUCAGUAUUCGCGCGCUGCUAACAUCAUUCCUUCGUAGUUUCUKCAGCAGYCAUUGGCAGCGACGAACGACUACAAUGUGGCGAGCAAAGAAAGGCAGCRGGGUGCCAGGCCUGGUGCCGUUGGCWMCGACGCUCGGCGUUGCGGGUUUGCUUCUAGCUCAUCACCUAGCAGGGGCCUUUUCCCAMGUGCGCUGUCAACGCAGGAUUCGGCAUGAUCUCGUCCGCAUUCGCAGAGACAAACACGAAGAGCUAUGGACGCUUCGUGCGAACGACAACAACGGCGGUGGGGACGGCAAAAUCGACUGGAAUCCACUCAAGAAUCCCAAGAUUUCCAAGCUGCCCUCUUAUUCGGACGACUGGCUGCUAAAAUUCCACAACAAGGACCAGUCCGAAAAACAACUAGUGACGAAUUCCCUGGCAGCUUGGAACGAAGCCAUCCGCAACRAACAGGCCACCAUCGUCGAAUGGCAGGAUUCCUUUCAGCGGAACGAUCUGGCAGAUUUCACYCCGCCGAUGUCGUCGAGCGGAUUGAAUUGCCUUAUGGUUGGUGGAGACUUUGAUGUAUACGAAUCCGACGACGAAUUUGGGGGCCGUCGUCUCAAGCUGCCCUGGGAAGAUAUCCCUGAGGCAAAGAUCACCUCGCUGAGGGUACUGGAAGACGACAGCAUCGUCGCGACAAAUGYUGUGGUUGAGGAGGACGAGGAGGAAGAAGCGCUCACCAUUGCUGGAAACCACAACAACAAGGGCAGGAUGGUCCGCACCGAGCUUAUUCCGUCGAUUGACAAGGACAUCGAAGACGACGAAUCUGCUUCGGCGGGUAUGCGCGUUCGGGAUCCAAACAAACCMGUCGCCACAUACGACUGCAUCGUCGAUCAGGGCCUCAUGGAACGGGUCUUGCCGCGGAAUAAAAGCAACAGCAACGACUAUGCGGACCUCGGGGAACAAACCGUUCGUGAACUCCUGGAGGAAGCGGCCCUGGCCAUGAAAGAAUUCGGAAUCUACGUCCUUGUUACCACAACCCUUACGGAGGAGUCCGAGCGGCUCCUGGAGAARCACGGUCUCGCCGCGGGACUCGAAUGGCAGUUUCGAUUGGACGGGAUCUCCAACGAGUCCCAGGUCGUCUCCGUGGCCCGUCGAUUCAACACUGGUGAGAUGCCAAGGGUGGGGCGUCUCUCCCGGUAUCAACCGUGAUACGUGAARCGAAGUAACAGGAARCGCGAUGGUGUGCGUAUAGCGUGUCCCAAUAAACGACGCGAUUUGUUCUGUCAGUUCGGUGGUKGGAAUGGAGCWCGUGGGCUUGUUUUGACGUUGUAUUCAAUACUGCUGGUUGUUGAUGCCGUUUUCGAGAGCAACAAGCGAAUAAAAUAUAACGACCGCUAAGUUAUUGUCAUGAGCUCUCGAAACAAAAGUUCUSUGCCGUAUCGAUGCAAGGACAAAGUGAAUCAAAUCCCAAACAAAUCGUGAGAAUGCUGUGCACGAUUCUCAAGCCUCAAGAAUCAUCCAAAGUCUGCCAAGUCAGAAAGAAAAUCUAGUAGUACACCAUUGUUUGGAAAAAGCUGACGAUAAAAUAGAAUGAGUACCUUUGC